GUGGCAUAUAAAACAGUAUCGUAUUCAUAAUGAGUUCUAGUGCAGUGCUCUGGCGGAUACUACCAUUAAACAUGUUUUCUCUUAGCGGUAAUGUGCUUUUUAUAUGCGUCACCUGUUUCAUUUCGAGCAAGAUGUCGUCCGCAGAAAGUAUUGUGGAUUUCUUUCCAGAAGUCAAAGGGAACUUAACUCGUGUAACCUGGGCACAUGCUGUCAAUAACUCAACAUAUCUCACCUCAGUUUUGCAAAAUAAUGAAAUAAAGAUGAUCGAAGCAGACAUAUUGCUUGGGACAUUGACCGGAUCUACAUCCAUGCAAAAAAUUCCCAUUAUGGGUCAUCCUCCAGCCAAUUCGUCGGAUUUAUCUCUAGAAAACUUCCUAAAAACAGUAACAGAUUUCAACAGUGUUUCGGAAAAUUAUACCUCCAGCAAUGCGCCUGAGAUCUCGAAUAACGCUACCUCCAGCCCAAUUCCUACCAACUCCAGUAACACUGUUGCUCCUGUCACUGGUGGUGUAAACAAUAGUGAUACUGAAAACAAUGCCAAUAUUCCUGGCGUUAAUGGAAAUAACAGCAGUACAAUUAAUAAUACCAAUGAAUCUAUCAACACAACCUCCAGUAGCAGUACAAACAAUAAUUCUAGCAGUGCUGUGAGUGGCGGCAAUAAUGCUAUUAAUGAAAAUGUACCUACUAACAUAACCAAUGCAACGAUUUCCAUCAAUGCUACAGAUACGGAUUCCAAUACUACUUUACCGGAUAGUUCAGUCCAAACAAAAGUCAGUAGAGCCACUAAUAGCUCUGAUUCGUCCAAGAAAGGGGUAAAACUGGAUUUCAAAACAAUACAAGUUUUCAAUGAGUCAAUCGCUAUCAUCAAAGGUUAUAACAAUGCAUCAUUUCCUCUUUGGCUGAAUGCUGAUAUACUUCGAGGUCCGGGGAAUCCCGCAAUCGUUCCAGUGAAAGCGGCUGAAUUUUUGAGUCAAGCAAAACAGUUUACAAAAGCAACAUUAUCUCUUGGUUGGACAACGGAUGUUUCAAACGGUACCGGUAGCUACACGGAUGCUCAAAUUAACCAAAUGAUAGAAGUUAUCAAGUCGCAUAAUAUCACGAAUGAAAUAACUUUUGCAGUCCGAUCGGCGAUAGCAGCUGAAAGUUUGCCGCAAAUGAGAAAGUUGGUAACAGGCAUCGAAGGUUCAACUCUAACAUUAUGGUCAGCAGAAAAAGAUAUUGUUGACGUCAACAAGUUGAGGACUCUCAUUAGCAAUAUUGGAGUUGGAAAAAUCUACGUAGAUGUACCCGAUAGCAUUAAGAAACAACUGAAUUUGGAUAACUUGCCUCCUAACGGUGCCACUUUGAUGUCAAAGAUGUCGGGAUUGAUUUUAUUACUCACGUUCUUAUUAAUGUCAUUCUCUUGAACAACAAAUGUGCAUUGAUAAAUUUGUAUGUGAUUGUUUCAUCUCGACUGUUAUAUAAACGAAAAGUAACUUGUAAAUAAAUAGUAGGUUACUUGA